AUGCUACCAAAUAUCACCUAUAUUCUACGCACAUAUGGCUAUUUCGUUGUCGGUACAAUGCUUAUACUGAUCAACAUUCCGGCCUUUCUGCUUGUGAUAAUUCGUAAAGCACUCAGGAAAACUUAUGUGGUUAUCGCUGUUGUGUUCUUGAAUAAUGGAUUUACCGGAAUUAGCGUGAUAUUACUAGGGAUGAAACGAUUAAUCUAUUCCGCUGAUGAAAAACUCAUUAGUCAUCAUGAAUGUGUGCUGAGCAUAUCCGUACUUUUUUUCACAUCACAUUUUCUGAACGGAUUAAGUUUGUUAACGAACAGCUUGGAAAGGUUUUGUGUUGUGGCAUUCCCAAUAUAUUACUAUGCUCACAGCACACGAAUAAGUUAUUCGUUAAUUACCGCACAAUAUGUGAUUACCAUCACUGUGGUAACUGCUGCUGUCAUUGCAAGUUUAAUUGAACCAAUUCGGCUUAUAUCUAAGUUUUGUGUAGUGCAAGAGGUAUAUUUAACUCAUUUUUAUGAGGCACUGCUAGUACUGACCUCUGUUGCUUCAUUGCUGAGUGUUAUUUUUAUGGUCGUCGUAGUUGUCGUGCUGAGAAAGAAGUUCGGCGCACAGUUCCUUUCAAGUCACUCGCAUAACCGCGACUUAUCACAUUUCCUGAAAAAUCAAAAGCGAUACACUCAAACAGCAUUGAUCUCUUGCUGUUUUACAUUUUGUAAUAUUCCAUUAGCUUGCAGUUCUUGUCGUUGUGCCGUCAACGGUGGAAUGUAUUUACGUGAUGGAUUCUUCUAUAACAUCGCAAAUCAUUGUGAUGUGCUGUGUAUAUUUGCGCCUAUUGAAUUCCUUCAACUUGGUCGUGUUAUUUUUAUAUCGUCAAAGAGAUUUCCGGUACGCCGCAGUUCAGUGUUUCAAACACCUAUUCAGUGA